UCUAAUUUGCUGUGUACUUUUUUUCUAGUGGCAAUAUAAUUCUUUUUACCGAUCAAAAGAAAAAAAAUAAGUGCUGCAACAGACAACUUCUCUGAAGCUAAUAAACUUGGAGAAGGUGGAUUUGGGUCUGUUUAUGAGGGUACACUUUCUGACGGACAACAAAUAGCCGUAAAGAGGCUGUCAAAAAAUUCAGGUCAAGGUGAACAAGAGUUCAAGAAUGAAGUUACCUUAGUAGCUAAACUUCAGCACAGAAAUCUUGUCAGGCUUCUAGGCUUUUGUAUGGAUGGUGAAGAAAAACUACUCAUCUAUGAAUUCAUGCCGAAUUCAAGCCUUGACCAAGUUCUUUUCGCAAAGAGAAAUUCAUCCCUACUAGCUGUUGGUAUAGUCAUUCCUUCUGUUAUCGCAGUACUUUCCACCAUCGCCUAUUGGUUUUUCUGUUUUAGAAGAAAGAGAACAAAGACACAGAAGUCUCACAAUGUUGGUGAUGAGAUGCCUACUACAGAAUUGCAAUUCAGCUUCAGUACAAUAAGUGCUACAACAGACAACUUCUCUGAAGCUAAUAAACUUGGACAAGGUGGAUUUGGGUCUGUUUAUAAGGGUACACUUUCUGACGGACAAGAAAUAGCUGUAAAGAGGCUAUCAAAAAAUUCAGUCCAAGGUGAACAAGAGUUCAAGAAUGAAGUUACUUUAGUAGCUCAACUUCAGCACAGAAAUCUUGUCAGGCUUCUAGGCUUCUGUAUAGAUGGUGAAGAAAAAUUACUCAUCUAUGAAUUUAUGCCAAAUGCAAGCCUUGACCAAGUCCUUUUCGAUCCGAAUAAGUGUACACUUCUGGAUUGGGAAAGACGAUACAAGAUAAUAGGAGGGAUAGCUAGAGGCCUCCUCUAUCUUCAUGAGGAAUCUCGACUUAAAAUUAUUCAUCGAGAUCUCAAAGCUAGCAAUAUAUUAUUAGAUAUAGACAUGAAUCCUAAAAUUCCAGAUUUCGGCAUGGCUAGGCUUUUUGUGCUUGACCAAACGCAAGCUAAUACAAGUAAAGUAGUUGGAACUUAUGGAUACAUGGCUCCAGAGUAUGCAAUGCGUGGACAAUUUUCGGUGAAAACUGACGUAUGUAGUUUUAUUGUUUUAGUUUUAGAGAUUCUUAGUGGACAAAAGAACUCUUCUUAUGAAUCAAAUGUUUCUCAGGAUCUUCUAAGCCAUGCAUGGAGACAUUGGAAGAAUGGAUCUGCUAUAGAAUUGUUAGAUUCAACUAUCAAGGAUACAAGUUCUAGAGAUGAAGCGAUGAGAUGCAUCCACAUUGGGUUAUUAUGUGUUCAAGAAAAUGUUGCAGAUAGACCCACAAUGCCAACAGUCCUCUUAAUGCUCAAUAGCUACUCUGUCAGUCUCUAUUUACCUAUCUCAAAAGACAAGUUACCUGAUGAAUCGGCAGCAUCAUCAAUGACACUUCAAUAA